AUGCAGGUGCUUGAGAGACACAAGAUUAAAAAGGGGGAGAUUGAAGAUGCAGCUUCUGAAGGAGUACCUGAACUAAGUCAAGAAUAUGGAGGUCAGUUUAAGCCUCCAAGGCGGUUAAGGACCGACGAGAUUCCCGCCAUUAUCAACGACUUUAGAAUUGUUGCAAGAAAUGCGAUAGAAGCUGGCUUCGAUGGCGUGGAGGUUCACGGCGCACAUGGUUACCUGAUCGAUCAGUUCCUGAAAGACAAAGUGAAUGACAGAAGUGAUGAAUACGGUGGGUCACUCGAGAACCGCUGUAGAUUUGCUCUGGAAGUAAUCGAAGCAGUGGUGAACGAGAUCGGUCCAGAUCGUGUUGGAAUCAGACUCUCGCCAUUCGCAGAUUACAUGGAGUCAGGAGACUCGAAUCCAGAAGCAUUAGGGCUCUACCUGGUGCAAGCUAUGAACAAGCAUGGAAUCCUUUACUGUCACUUAGUUGAACCUAGAAUGAAAACCCCUGAAGGAAUCUUUGAGUGCAAGGAAUCGCUUACUCCGAUGAGAAUUGCCUUCAAAGGAACGUUCAUAGUGGCUUUACAGACUACCCUUUCCUCGAGACCGAUCUUGUGGCUUAUGGAAGGACGUUCUUGGCGAAUCCGGAUCUGCUCAGGAGAUUCGAACUCAAUGAGCCGUUGA